AUGAGAGCCCGGAGCUGGCUGUGGGGCCAGGGGGGCCAGCGGGCACUGUGCUCAGGGGGGGCUGGGGGGGUCCCCAGGGCCGUGCAACCCUAUGAGGCCAUUCCCCGUGAUGGCCGCAACCAGUGGCUCAACCUCUACCGCGCCUGGCGCAGCGAUGGCUUCCAGGACUUCCACUACCACAUGGAGGGCAGCUUCCAGCGCCUCGGGCCCAUCUACAGGGAGCGGGUGGGCACCUAUGACUGCGUCAAUGUGCUGCUCCCACGGGACGCGGCCCAGCUCUUCUGGGCAGAGGGGCUCUUCCCACGGCGGAUGGGCAUCGAGGCCUGGAGCGCCCACCGCCGCCUGCGCAACCACAAGUGUGGCGUCUUCCUGCUGAACGGGCAGGCCUGGCGCUCGGACCGGCUGGCGCUGAACCGGGAGGUGCUGAGCCCAGCUGGCACCCAGAAGUUCCUGCCGCUCCUUGAUGCCGUUGCCCGUGACUUUGCCACCGCCAUGCGGCGCCGCGUGCAGGAGAGCCCUGGGCGUGCCCUCACCCUCGACAUCCACCCCCUCCUCUUCCGCUUCACCCUGGAGGCCAGCACCUACGCGCUGUACGGGGAGCGGCUGGGUCUGCUGGGGGGGGAGGCGGCAGGAGGGGCCCAACGCUUCCUGGGGGCUCUGGAGACGAUGCUGCGGACCACCCUGCCACUGCUCUUCGUGCCCCCGCUGCUGCUGCGCUGCCUGCACCCCCGCCUCUGGCAGGAGCACCUGCAGGCCUGGGACACCAUCUUCCAGCACGCUGACGAGAACAUCCAGCGCAUCUACCGGGAGUUCUGUCAGGGGGGGCCGGGGGGGUACGGGGGGAUCAUGGCCGAGCUGCUGCUGCAGGGCCAGCUGCCCCUCGACUCCAUCAAGGCCAAUGUCACCGAGUUCACCGCUGGCGGCGUAGACACCACGGCGACGCCACUGCUGCUGACGCUGUUCGAGCUGGGCCGGAACCCGGGGGUGCAGCAGGCGCUGCGGGCAGAGCUGCGGGCGGCGGGGGGAGCCCCAGGGGGGGCCCCGGGGGGGGCCCAGCCUCUGCCCGCGCUCCUGGCCGGGCUCCCGCUGCUGCGCGCCGCCAUCAAGGAGACCCUGCGGCUGUACCCGGUGGGCAUCACGGUGCAGCGCUACCCGGCCAAGGACGUGGUGCUCCACAACUACCGCGUGCCAGCAGGGACGUUAUGCCAGGUGGCCCUGUACUCCAUGGGUCGCAGCCCGGCCGUCUUCCCCAACCCCGAGCGCUACGACCCCUCCCGCUGGCUCAGCAAGGACGCCUCCAGCUUCAAGGCAUUGGCCUUCGGCUUCGGUGCCCGCCAGUGCAUCGGCCGCCGCCUCGCUGAGGCUGAGAUGAUGCUUUUCCUCAUACACGUCUUGCACAACUUCACUAUUGAGGCAGUGUCCACUGAGGAUAUCCGCACCGUCUUCCGCUUCAUCCUCAUGCCCGAGAAGUCGCCCCUGCUCACCUUCCGGACCCUCGACUGA